UUCUUCGGUCCUCAAACAACCAACUCGCUUCCAAAAUCUUUUAUUCUUCUCGCGGCGGUAUGACAGAUUGAUUUUUUAAUUAUGUGGCUUUGGGUUUUGUUCGGUCUCGGCGCGGUGCUAUCGGCUGAGGCCGCCGGCGCGGGCGCCGCCCGUCUCGUCUGCUAUGUGGAGACCGCGCGUACCCUCGACUUUACGGAAUGCACCCAUCUCAUUUAUACGGGAUCAGCUCGGGGAGAGAAACUUGACGGGAUACUGAAAGACUACAGGAAACACAACCCCAAGUUGAAGAUUAUUCUACGAGUUACCGAGGACGACAAGGACCUAAAGGACAUCUUAGUAUCCAAAUACAUCCAAGGUCUAGAGCUUUACAAUGCUCACCAAUCCUUCAACAGGACCAAGACUACGGAGACUGUGGAAUACGCCCGUAGCGCGAUAUCUGCUGCAAACAAGGGCCCACUUAUUCUGGCUUUGCCUGCUCACCCGGAACUACUCGCCAAGUACUAUGACCUGCGGGCUCUGGUGAAGAAAGCUGAUUUGAUGAUGGUGCACACACAUGCAUUGGGAUUGGUUAAGAAGAUGACGUAUCACCCAAGUCGGCUGAGUGGCAUGUGGGACAUGAUGAAUACUGAUUCAGUUGUCGAUCUUGUGAUCGGCCUGGGCGUGCCAGCAUCAAAACUAGUAGUGAGUCUGCCUGCGACCGCACAGCAGUUUACUCUGCAGAACCAGACUCUAAGUACACCUGGAAGCCCAGCCGUAGAUGAAGAACCAAAGGAGAUCGACCAGGCGCAGUUAUGUCGGCAACUUCAGCGUGGUCGCUGGACCCUGGAACGCGACCAGGAUUUAUCCGCACCUUAUGCUUUCAAGAAUGAAACAUGGAUAUCCUUUGAAGACUCUUCGUCUGUGGAUGUUAAGGGCAAAUACGCACGUGUUAGAGGUCUGGCGGGAUUGGCAUUGUACCAAGCAGAUAGGGACGUGGACACACCUUGCGGAUCCUCCCUCAGGAGCAUCCUGCAGAAGGUUCUUAACCAACAGAGUCGUGCACCUAGAGCUGCAGUUUUAAGAUCUCUAGAAAACGAAAUUUUGUCUGUGGGCGGUGCGCGAGGUUUAGAAGCUCUUCAAGUGUCUCCCUACCGUAUUACCCAAGUCGUUGACGCUGACGGUGUAAUACACAGCAUCAGAGAGGACACGCGUACAGAGUUCUCGUGCUCCCGCCAGGGUUACUUCGUUCACCCACGUUCCUGCGCACGAUUCUAUCGUUGUGUGAAAUUCGACCAGUACUCUCCAGACUACACAGUAUUCGAGUUUGAUUGUCCAGCUGGUCUAGCGUUCGAUGCACGAUAUGAAGUGUGUGUAUGGCCAGGGUCACUCCCUAAUGCCGCUGCCUGCCCCGGCUCUGCUGAGAUCGCUCCCGUGCCAUCUGAGCGAUUCCAGUGUCCCGCACAGGAAGGUUUCUACGUUGAUCCCGAGAAUUGUAGAUGGUUCUUUGCCUGUCUGGAUCACGGAAAGUCACCGCUAACAGCAUACGAGUUCCGCUGUCCAUUUGGUCUUGGAUUUGAUCCUGCGCGUAUGCGUUGUGACUGGCCCUGGCUUGUACCUGCUUGUGGAAACAUCGCUCGAUACGAGGCGGAAGUUUUCGGUUUCUCCGCUGCUACACUUACAGGUGCAACCGGAUUCCAAGGUAGAACAGCGGAGUCAGUGAAUAUCGCAGCACAUCACGGUCUCGAAGCUGGUGCCACGGUCGAUAAUCUCGUUGGAAUACAAACAGGAUUCCUCAACAACCAAGAUGCUCUUGACGAUAAUUUCAUAUCUGCACAGGAACUGGAUAACUUUAGUAAUUAUCAGGUGGAUUACACCAACUUGGGUAGUCAGGGAGAACCUAGCGGUCUCUCCUACAAAGUAGUCGCCGCCGACUCUAUAAACAAAGGCCUUGUUCAAGCAACUAAUUAUAACGACGAAGAUAAGUACACAAGUGGCUCUAUUAUUUUAGAUGACUACCGACUUCCAACAAACAAAGCGACCGGAAACAAUUUCCAAACGACCAAUGCCCGAAUUCAAGCUGGUCAGAAUGAAAAAUAUAAACAAAACUACGCUUACCCUACUUCUUACUCAAACAGUCAAGUCGCACCAAAACAUAGGUCUGGAGCUUAUAGGAAGGACAAUCGUGGCGCUUAUAUGCACAAUCCAAUUGGCGAUCGAGCGCAUCCUUACAAACACAUAGAUAUACCUGCAUUACAAUAUAAACAUAUCGAUUUCAAUACUAAAGACACUUACGACUUUGAUAGAGGAACUUACAGUGGUACACAUGACACGGGAAGCUACAGUGGUACACAUGACACGGGAAGCUACAGUGGUACACAUGACACGGGUAGCUACAGUGGUACACAUGACACGGGAAGCUACAGUGGUACACAUGACACGGGAAGCUAUGAUUCUGGACCAUAUCGUGGUUCCUACGAUACGGGGCCCUAUAAUCAAGACGUGUCAAAAUCUACCGGUUACGACUAUCCGAAACCAACGGUUCCAUUCAACGAAGGUCUGUAUAAUAUUCAGGGCAAUGAAUAUACUGGGGCUGAAACAGGUCAAUCAUUAAGUACUUUCUAUGGAAGUUAUGGAAAAGGUGGUGUAGGUGGUGUAGGUAGUUAUCUAACUGAUAGCAAAAUUUACCACGGCGCACCUCAUACCCUAACGGCUGGAGCUAUCAAUGUUGAUUUGGUCGGAAAGACUACAUUAGUGGAUGGAUCUAACCGCGGUUAUCAAUACACUCAGGGAGUUGUUCAUGAUACGGAACAAAUAUCAAAGCCCGCUGUUUCAAUAACACAUGUUGGAACCAAUAGUCAAAAUCGUGAUGGUUACACCUAUGUCACUACCCCAACUUUAUCUGGUAUACCUACCAUAGCUACUCCCUUUGCAGUGUCCACAUCUCUACCAUCAGUCACGUACAAAACAACAUAUGUACCACAACCUCCGAGGACGAGUGUUAAACAGUUAUUCGGUUACACACAACCAGCUGUUACAUACGUGCAACCUACUGUGGUCACAGUAACUGAUCAUAAUCAAAGCCAUAAUACAGGGUACUCCACAGUUAAUACAGGUACUACGAAGUUCGCUUCAACAGGUAACGAUUAUUCUAGACUUAAAUUUGAGGAAGGAAUUUCCUAUUCUAAUACACCCGUUCCUGUCACAGUAACUAAAUUAAAUCCACAAAGUUUUUCACACACCCAACAAGGUUUCGAAAAUACUUAUCCUACAGCUUUCCCUGUCACUAGACCACCUAUUAAGAAAGUAGUUGCAUAUACAACAGGAGCACCGGCUGCAUAUGUACCAUCUAUAGCUCAGUCAUACAGCCAUCAAACUGUGCACAACUUAGACGGAGGAAAUGUUUACAUUCCAGCUGUGGAAAGUGGUGGGAAAUACACUAAUACCGUUUCUUAUGAGACAUCUACACCGCAACCAAUACCAGUAGUACCUUUGGUGGAGACCAAUCAUUUUGGGAAACAAACUGUACAUACAGUUAAUGUCAACAAAAUCAAUAGUUAUCCACAAGAAGAGAUUGGAUACGAAAGCCGCGUUGAUUCUCAACCUCUCGAUUACAGCCAACAAUAUGAUACGCAAAGAUUUGAACAAUAUUCCAUACCAAUUACCGGUAACAAAUAUAAUACACAAGCAUCGCAAGCAUAUGUUGCAUCCACAACCGUGCGACCAAUAGUAACAACAGCUAAAUCUGUAUUUGAAAAUCCAUUUUUAAAAUAUACUGUUAAUGUCACCCCAGCUUCUUAUCAAGAUACCUACGUACCUCAGACUUAUAAUCAACAAACGAUUCAUAGAGGUUCUGGAUACCGAUACAAACCCACCGACGCACCCAUUACAUUGGCACAACCAGCUGUAUCUACAUAUCAGUCACAAGAUUAUAGUAAACAAAAUACACAAGGAAAUAAUUACCAAGAGACUGGAUAUGAUUAUUCUCGUCCAUCAAUAGGCUUAAAAGAAGUACUAUCAACACCGACACCUGCGAUUUUUGUGUCUACAGAACAACCUCAAGUUUACAGUCAACAAACUGUUUAUACUGGCAGAACAAACAACGAUGCCAUCUAUAAAGAUCAAUCCUUUGUGCCAACGACGCCCACUGUUCAGCCGUCUUUAUAUAAAGUAAACUAUGAAACAGGUUAUUCACGACCUUUAGUUACCGUUCAGGAAUCUUCAUCAACGACACCUAUUGAAAUAACAGAGCGUCCACUAACUUAUAGCCAGACGAGUUCUACUUAUGAUAAGCAAGUACUCAAUGAAAAUUCACAAGCCAAUUACCAAACUGGUUACGACUACUCUAAACCUUCAAUAACUUUAAAAGAAUCAGGGACAGUGUCAACAUUAGCUCCAGUAGUUUUGUCAACUGAAAGUCCACAUUCCUUUAGUCAACAAACAUUUCAUAGAGUAGAAAAACAAAGAGUAGAGUCGCCUUUACCUCGUGUUCAACUGACCUACCAGAACCCUGCUGUAUCAGUGUACGAAAACCCAAUAUUGAAAUACACCCAAAAAACAAUUGCUACCGAUGUUAGCCCCACUGGUUAUACACAAUAUGUAAAUGAAGAAAUAAGACAACCAACCUACAACCAUCAAACUUUGGGAACACAAAACUUCCAAACCUACACAUAUGAUCAACCCGAAAUUCAAAGAAAUGUAGAAGUACCAAGAGUUCCAGCUUACUCAGACGCAAGCGUUGUAUCACAUCAAACAUUCCACCAAUCUCAAACAUAUGGUAAAACAGAUCAAACUGGAAAGGAUGCAAUAUUUGUGUCAACUACACCAUCAACUCUUAUCUAUGAAGACCAUUAUUCUGAAUAUAAUAAUCCUAAACAACAGGUUACAUAUAAUUCAGAGUAUGUCCCAUCGAGGUCCCGAGACUAUUACACAGUUUCUACAGUUGCAACACCUGUUCGAGUAGGAUCUCGCUAUAAAUCAAGAUUAGAUAAAUACAAUAUUGAGUCUAUCCAUCAAUCUACAUACGAACAACCCAGUAAAGUAACGGUCGAGUUUCCUUCUGCUCCUGCAUCUUAUUCACAGUCCACACAGACAAGAUAUGAUUCUCCUGAAAUACAAGUAGCAAACACUGCAGAAGAAUAUUUACCUCCGGCGGGUUCACCGACUACGCCUGUGAUUACCUCGACGUACAGACCUAGAAUCUAUUCAACUACUUCAACACGUGACUACUUGCCACCUAUUACUGAAUCGGUUUACAAAGCACCGGAGUACGUUCCACCAUCAUAUUUACCUCCUACUCAGAAAUCCGCAUCCCGUGUUGUUACUUAUGACACUUUCGGAUACGAUGCUGGUGCAGGGGCCAGUGCUAGAAAUAGAUAUAAUACGCAAGAAGAUAAUUCUAUAUCUACCGAAAAGUUCGUGAUAUCAACAGCUGCACCAUUGCAACGAAAACAAAACGUAGUUGUUGAAACCGCAAAAUCAAACGUAUUAGGAUUUGGCACAGUUGGUCCCGAUGCCGGAUUGAUUUCUACUUAUACACCUUCAUACCCCACGUCUGAGACGUACUAUGUAAAUACGGCAGCUUCUUCUACCUCAAAACCGGAUAUAGUUGAAGUAACUUCGGCACCACGUCGAUCACGACCAAAAUAUUUCAGACCUGCAGAACAAUCUAGUACCCAGGCACCAUUAUAUGUAGAAAGUACAACGUAUGAAGCUCCAGAAUACCUCCCACCAUCCGAUGAGUUUGAAAUUAAGUAUAACCCUUAUCAAAAUGUUAAGACCACGGAAACUGUGUCGUCUACUCCAUUUUAUACAAGAAAACAGAAUAUUGUCGUUAAAACAGCUAAAUCUAAUGUGUUGGGUUUUGGAAGUGACACUGGUCGAGUGACGUACAGUACAUCAGGAGUCCCAUCAAGCACAGUUUCAACUUAUCCUGUAACAUCAACUUAUACACCUGUUAGACAGGAGCUUGUAGAAGUGACGUCUACUCAAGUGCCUAUACGCAGAUAUAGGCCUAAAGUGGCAGUUGUCACAAAAAUCAAUGAUUUUAAUCCUCUCCUCGUGAGAAAGUUAGGCGCUGUUUGCAGUUGCCAAUCACCUGUUUUAGUUCUUAAAGGUAGAAGACCAACAGCACAGACGCAAAUUAUCGAUGAUUAUAGCAGUGAAGAUAUCUCAGACCGAGGUGAUAUUGAUGAAGAAGUUUGGCAAGAGAAAUCGAGACGCGUUACAAAGCCAUCCAUUAAUACCGUAACCACUGGAGCGCCAACCGUUACUUCCACAUAUAAUCCAAUCAUAGUCCCAGAUGAUUCAUAUUAUCAAGACUAUCAGGAAGCUAGCAAUGAUGAUAUAAUUAUUACACCUGCCGAAAGAGGACAAUCUGAAAAUUAUGUAUCAAGGAAACCAGUCACUUCAACAACGGAAAACGUGAUUCGUAUAAGACCUAGAGUGAAAGCUGUCACAGUCGCACCAACAUACAAAUCGGUUAUAUUGAACCAAGAAGUAUCACCACAAGAAUCCUUAGAUACUGUUAAAGUAGACUCCCAAUCAUUUGACCGUUAUGGACCAGGUGGUUGGAGAGGCCGAGAUGAAACUUUACAAGGCUCGAUAGAUUGCCAAAGAGCAGGUCUCUUCAGACAUCCAAAGCAAUGUAAUAAGUUUUAUGCAUGCAGAUGGGAUUGUACUAAGCAAAGAUUUACAUUGCAUGUUUUCAAUUGCCCUGUUCAACUAAGCUUCGAUCCCAACAUUGGUGCCUGCAACUGGCCGAGCCAAGGACCAGCGUGCCAGGGUGACACAUUACUGACGAACACUUUGUAAUUAAACACGAUAUCCGAUUCUAGAAAUAUUAACGUGCCAUGCAGAUGUGAUAUGAUUUGAUCAAGAGUCGAAGAACAAUCCUAUGAUGUAAAGGCGAAUUUUAUUUAAUAUGUUAAGUCGAAACAAGUCUCUCUUUCACAUUUAUAUAGACUUAUUUAUUUGUUUGUUAUAAUGUUAAUUCAUAUUUAUUUAUUAAUCAUGCUCUUUUUAAGCUUGCGAUUUCAUUACUUUCAAAUUUUCAAACCUAGUUACCAUUGUACUAGUUCAUUUAGAUGUAUUUUAAUAUUAAGAGUCUUAUGUUAAUAAACGCGCUGUAAUGUAAAUAAAUCAUUUUAUUCAAUAUUA